AAUUUCUGCUGGCUAUUUUUAAUAUCUAGACUAUAACCUCUUUAUAAAGUUUUUGUUGUUAUUUUUUGUUGUUUAAAGUCAUGAUGUUACACACUCUGAUUCAGUAGGUGGCGACGUGCAGCUUUAACGUUGGCUUGUAGUCCGCCAGUAAAAUUAAAGAAGAAGACGUCCGUUGGCAAGAUGUCGGGCCACGAUCAGCUGGUCCUGUGUUUGUGUGAAUUAACAAGAUUGCUGUGGAAGUUGCUGCUGCCUCUGGUGUUUCUGUGCGUGCUGCUGGUCGCCGUCCUGGUCCUGCUGGUGCUGGCGGUGCGUUUCUGGCUGCAGAGCAACAGGAACGCUCGGCGGGCAAGGGACGGCCGUCCUACAGUGGCCUUCUUCCACCCUUACUGCAAUGCCGGUGGUGGGGGAGAGAGGGUGCUCUGGUGUGCUAUCAGGGCACUACAGAACAGGUAUGCAGACAUCAACUUUGUAGUGUACACGGGAGACUUGGGCGUGACUGGCCAGCAGAUUCUGGAGGGGGCGCGGCGUCGUUUCAACAUCGUGCUUCCCCGCCCGGUUCAGUUUGUGUUUUUGAGGCACCGGCUGCUUGUGGAGCCCGGCCUGUUUCCUCACUUCACCCUGCUGGGCCAAAGUGUGGGUUCCAUCUUCCUGGGGUGGGAGGCAUUGACAGAGUUUGUCCCGGACCUUUACAUCGACUCCAUGGGCUACGCCUUCACCCUGCCCCUGUUCCGCUACCUGGGAGGCUGCAGCGUGGGGAGUUAUGUUCACUACCCCACCAUCAGCACUGACAUGCUGUCUGUUGUGAGAGAGAGGAACCCCAGGUUCAACAACCCAGACUACAUCUCCAACAGUCUGUUCCUGAGUGCCUUCAAGGUGGUCUACUACUGCCUCUUCGCCUUGCUCUACGGUAUGGCCGGCUCUUGCAGCGACCUCAUCAUGGUCAACUCCUCCUGGACCCUCGAUCACAUCCUUUCACUGUGGCGUGCUCCCAACCGCACCAGCGUGGUCUACCCACCCUGCGAUGUCAGCGCUUUCCUGGAUGUCCCGCUUGAAGAGGACGGGGAUAGAAAGUGCCACUCAAUCGUCUCCGUCGGACAGUUCAGGCCCGAGAAGGACCACCGGCUGCAGAUCAGAGCUUUCAAGAAGGUGUUAGACAGGACGAGGAGGGUGGGGGGCAGGGAGGCGCUGAAGCUGGUUCUGAUUGGAGGAUGCAGGAACCAGGAAGACGAGGAUAGGGUGCUCAUGUUGAGGGGGCUGUGCCAGGAGCUGGGGGUGGCCGACAGGGUGGAGUUUAAACUGAACGUACCUUUCGAGGAGCUGAAAAGAGAGAUGGGGGAAGCCACCAUAGGGCUGCAUACCAUGUGGAACGAACACUUUGGGAUAGGUGUUGUGGAGUGCAUGGCAGCAGGGAAGGUCAUUCUAGCCCACAAGUCCGGCGGUCCCAAGCUAGACAUCGUGGUACCUUUCGAGGGAGGCCAGACAGGCUUCCUGGCAGAUGACGAGGACAGCUACGCGGAGGCCAUAGAGAGGAUCCUGGCUCUGCCGCCUGCCAGCCGCCUGCAGAUCAGACGCAACGCCCGUCAGUCUGUGGCUCGCUUCUCAGAUCAGGAGUUUGAAGCUUGCUUCCUGGCCGCUAUGGAGCCUCUAAUGGGAACAAUUGAGCGAUGAGAGAAGGACUCAUUCUUUUUGUGUGUGUAUGGUUCAUGUGAUAGUAGCUAUUUGACACUGUGGGCAUGUUGGCUGUGUUUACACUGUAGGUCUGGGGACAAAAUGUGAUUACAUUUAUUGGUCUGCUAGACUGUUUGCAUGGCUUCCUGGGUGGCAGAGUCACUCAAUGGCCAACAAACCAAUAAAAAACAAAGUAUAUCAAAUCAGGUACAGAUAGAAAUCAUGUGCAAUCAAAACAACAGAUCUUUGUUACAUGUGGGAGAGUGUGAGUCCAGCUACAGUAUAUCCUGUACUUUUAUUAGAGAUAAAUACCAGUUUGUCCUGUGAAAAGGUGACAGUUCAAGCUUGUAUCACAUUUUUUACAGGAGUCAUUCCUUCGUAGUAGUUCUAGUUUCAUUAAAACGAAUGUAUUUUAUUUACUAUUGGUUAAAAUGGGAACAAGUGAGCUUUAGUUUCAUAAAAUGAUGUUCUGAAAAAUAUUGUGGGACACACAUAUUUAUUGUUUACAAGUACUAGAAUCAAAUCUAUACACACCCAAAAAAUGUAAAGUAUUUUUGAUAUUAAUGAUGAAUGUAACGAAUAUACGAUGGGAAUGAGGAAUUGGUGUAACUGAAAAGAUGAUUUAUCAUUGUAAAUAAACUUGAAUGCACUGAA